GCUAAGCGUAGCCCAUUUUCCCAAAUCUAACCUAUUGGGAAAGCGAGAAAUUGAUACUAUCGAACCUCAACUCAUUCAAAUCCUCCAUUCCAUUUAUUUCAACUAUACAUAUUCACCAUACAAUCAACAUUCAACGCCCAAAGAUUGAUCUUAAAUCUGUCGCACAAGGAUUCUUUUUCAUCUGCCAAUAUUCGCACAUCGACUGCGACCAAAUAUUCCUCACUUUUCUUCCAUCAUAUUACAAAGCUUGACAAUACUUGGUUAAAUCUGUUCCUCGGGAAUUGAAAGUCGCGUCAAUUUUAUCAACUGCCUUUGCGCGUAUCGGCCAUCUGCCAUCAAUCCUUCAAAUGCAUGCGGUCGCAUAUUGAUCUUAUACAAAGAGAUGGUGGUUGGCAGAAGGAAGGAGAGGUAGAUCAAUUACAGUCACACGAUGUCUCGCGCAUCUGGGGCAAGUUUCGCACAAUUCUUUCCAUCGGCUCCUCGAGCUGCGAAAGACAAAGCAAAGGAGAGGGAGAAGUCAAAGGCCCAGCAGGCAGAUUCGCCCGCCAUUCUUUCGCUUGCUGACACUCAUAUUAAUGCGAAAGCUUUGACUGACAAUGCAUCUAUCACACGUCUUUCAGAAGAUACUUCAAUUCCCAUGCCGGACCCUCCUACUCUGACGACAGAGGAUAACGAAUCUGUACACGGCGAUACCUUGAACGGUGUAGGCUCAGCAAGCUCACACUCAAGUACUGGAUCAUCCCUUUUCAGCACCAACAAUCAGCUCUCCAACAGCAUGCGCACAUUUGGUGGCUCUCGAAAUAUUAACGACUUGACACCACUCACAAAUACCGACUCAUCACCUAAUCGUGUUGCGAGUCCCAGCAUUGCCAAGGCUGAUGUAUCUGUCCGUCCUACAAAUAACGUCGUUCGUGAAAAUACAAAAUCUGAGCAUGUCGUCGCUAUACCUAAUUCUGCCCCGGCAGAUCAUCCUCCCUCCGAGCCACGAGUCCUCGCUCGAGAUCCUGCACGAGGUGUAAAGGGCAAGAAGUGCACAUAUGAUCCUUUCCACGACCCCACUAUACAUUCGACAAAAGAGAAACAUAAUCGCCGCCCACAUUAUAAGGAGUUUGGUUUGGUACGUAUACAAUCUGCUGCGGGGAGUGUCAUCUUUUGCGUGUGAGAACGUCUGGCUAAUGGCUUUUCAGAAAGAUGAUGCUCCCCCAGCGGAUCCACGGUUAGCAAAAGGAAGCAGACUGUCGUAUAUCAACACCGAUUACCACAAUGCUUUAUCACGUCUCAAUCAUUCGCCAUUUAUGCUACCAAAGUACAAAUACAAUCCUAAAACUCAUUAUGGACCCGGUCCACCGACGGAAAUAGUUGUCACUGGAUAUGACCCACUAAUAAAUUUCAUGAAGGUCACAAAUGUUUUUACACAGUAUGGCCAAAUAGCGGAGAGCAGCAACAAAUUACAUCCUGAGACAGGAAGUUGUUUAGGUUUUGGCACAUUUCGAUAUCGAGACACUAAAAGGAAGGAUGGUUCAAUUCUAACUGCGGCAGAGGCUGCGAAAAAAGCCGUUACGAGGGGCAGCAGCGUGGUAGGAUUGGGAUCGAAAAUCAAGGUCCAAUUCGAUCCGCAGGGCAAGCGCAGCACUCGCAUGCUUGAGAACGCAUUGGAAAGGUCCAAACCUGAACCUUUGCCCCUACCGCCCAGAGAGCCACCACCGCCUCCCAAGCCCGAAGUUGUCAAAACCUCCGGACCUCCACCAACCGCUCCAAAAGGUCCCGCUGCUCUCUCCGGCAGACCGCAGUUCAGACCAGGCAUUGCGCAACCUGCAAUUCCCACCAAACCGCGCCAGCAGAUAUUGAUCGAGGAUGAGCCAAUUGCCCAACAACUGGAGGAUGAGCCGUACAUAUUUAUUUCGAAAGAUUAUGUUCCCGUUAUCCCAGCAACAAUUCUUCAUUUGAAGAAGCGACUGAAGAAUCACUUCCUGGAAGACGUAAGGGUCGAUAGAACAGGUUAUUAUGUGGUCUUUGCUCUCAGUGAUGAAGGGAGGUUCGAGGCAGAAAGGUGUUACAACUCUUGCAACGGCACCGCGCUUUUUUCCUACGAAAUGAUUAUGAAGCUAUAUGUAUGGGGUACCGGAGGCCGAAGACUUGAUCAUCGCGAUCGCACAUCCGAAAGAGGUCAUCAUCGUCGCACUCGUAGUCCUGACCCACGCUUGAUUGAACAAAAAAGGAAAAGGGAACUUGAGGAGAUUAGAAAGGAGGAAGAGGCUGAUUUUGAGGAAGAGAAACGAGAACGGGCAAAGAACUUUGAUCCCGCACGUGAAGCUAUAGAGGUUAUCAAACGAGAGUUGAUGACGCAUCUAAUGGAUAAGGUCAAAGAACGGAUAGCAAAUCCAUGUCUGAGGAAUUUUAUGGAUCCGGUGAAUCACGUGGCGAAACGACGAAAGUUGAACAUUCAUGACCCGAAUGCCAAAACGCCUUUCAUCGAGGAAGAUGAGGAUGAUACUCCAGCUCUUGGCACGCCUAACUCACGAUUUGAGGACCGUAAUGUUUUAACCGUAGGGAAAGUUAACGUUACGGCUUUGCCUAGGAUUCGAAAGAGGACCAAGACGGAAAAGAAACGCAAUGUCGGUUCUACUGACUCCAGUGCCAGGCCGACACGGAAAGCCUAUGUUCGACCCAUGCAGUUCCUUAUUGGUAGAGAAGAUGAAGAUUCGGACGAUGAUAAUGAAGCUCCUUCUAGGACAAGAGCUACUGAAGAGAGAGAGUCACGCCCGAUAAGUCGUAUGAGUACCGAUGAUGAAGCAUCAGAUGAUGACACGGAUUCGAUGAGCCAAAACUAUGUUAAAGAGAGAUCUCCAUCAUUGGAUACCAGAGAUGGAGAGUCUGCUAGUGAAAUCAACUUCUCUGAGCCUACGACACAAACGAAGAAGAGGAAACUAGAGUUGCACGUGGAGGCUGCGAAAAAGCGACAAAAGAAGACCGAUGAGGAACUUUUUGGUGUAUCUGUGGCAAAGAUUGAGCCUCUUCCGGAAACUCCCAUUCUUGAGACAAGUAUUCCCGAUAUUGAUGGAUUGCAAAAGACAGAAUCUGAGACUGAAGCUGCUUUGGCUGUGGCGGCUAGAAAGAAGGCCGCAAAAUCGGCAAAGAGAAAGAAGUCCAAGAAGCAGAUAUUCGAAGAAAGGGAAGCUCUCAAAAGACAGCAAGAAGGUAUUCCCGAGGAAGAGAUCGUGCCGGAGGAAGUCGAGGAGUCUGAAUUUGAGGAAAACAUUGUCGAUACCGCGCCUGUGGUGACAUCAGUUGAAUGGGGUAUCUCCGGCGAAGCACCCUAUCCAACUGUUGAUGAUGAUUUCGAUAAUAUCCUCGAUAUAGACGGACUGCAGAAUAUUCUCAAGGAUGACGAAGAUGCUGGACCAGCAUUCGAAAUCUUCAAGACGGACUUCAAAUUGAGCGACCCCGCUACUUGGGCAUGGAGGCAAGGCCAGAUCAAAUCCCUCAAUAGAAACGGAUACAAAGGUAUCGUUAAAGAUGAGACUACUGUACCUGGAUAUUACGUGGAGACUUCGACGGGCUGUGCUCGAACUGAAGGUACCAAGAAGAUUCUGAACUCUGAGAAGUCUCUUUAUCUCCCUCACCGUAUCAAGGUUCAAAGGGCACGUGAAGAACGAGAGGCACAAGCUAAACGAGCAGGUAAAGAUGUGGUUGCAGAGGCAGCUGAGGCUGCCAAGAUUGCGGCGGAGAAACUCCUUGCCAGAACCUCUGGUCGUGCCAAUCGUGUUAACAAUCGUCGUUAUGUUGCUGACCUCAACGAUCAAAAGAAAACACUUGGUGGUGAUACUGAUGUCUUGCGUUUCAAUCAACUUAAGAAGCGUAAGAAGCCUGUUAAGUUUGCACGCUCUGCUAUUCAUAACUGGGGUCUUUAUGCCAUGGAGAAUAUCGCAAUGAAUGAUAUGAUCAUCGAGUAUGUUGGCGAGAAGGUUCGACAACAAGUUGCAGAUCUUCGAGAAAGCCGAUAUCUCAAGAGCGGUAUUGGAAGUAGUUACUUGUUCAGGAUUGAUGAAAAUACAGUCAUCGAUGCAACAAAGAAAGGUGGCAUUGCAAGAUUUAUCAACCACAGUUGUAUGCCAAAUUGCACUGCAAAGAUUAUCACUGUGGAGAAGAGUAAGAGAAUUGUCAUCUAUGCGCUGCGUGAUAUCGCACAGAGUAAGUUUAAUUUAAUGCCAAGUUGUCAAGGAUCAUACUAACUUUAUACUUUAGACGAGGAACUCACCUACGAUUAUAAAUUCGAGCGUGAAAUUGGUAGUACAGAUCGUAUUCCAUGUCUUUGCGGUACACCGGCGUGUAAAGGAUUCCUUAAUUAAUCAUCUUCUUUUCGUUCCCUACAUCAUACAUUUUCAACGUCGGCAUUUGAAAGCCGGGGUUUGUGAUUAUACAAUAAAUUGGCUCGACUUGAUCAUUUUGGGAGUUCAUUCAUCCGUCCUUUCGGUCGUUGUGCACAGGCAUACAUUCAUGGGGGCUGAAAAGGGUUGGAGGGUUAUCAAAAAAAAAUAUGUACUCUUUUCAACACACCGAGUAGUUAUGGCGUUGUACAGUGGAUUUUUUAAUUCAUUUUGUUUUUUUUUUACCGUUCAAGGCCCACCCAAUGGAAGAUAAACGGGUUGGCUUUUCCAUUUUCCUCUGUAAUUCAUGGUGGACGCGGAGGUGGAGGCGGAUGCGGAAACUUCGAUACGAUAUGAUGGGUAGGAGGAAUGGAGGAUGAAGAUGAGAACGCGAAAGAAAGACGCACCGUGAGUUGAGCAAAUGAAAGGAAAGAAGAGGAAAGAAAAGAUAGGGAGGAUGGAUGGAUUGCACCUAAAGUGCGUGCUGAUAUGAAAAGAUGAGAGAUGAAAGAUGCUAGAGCGGGGGUGAAACCGGAUUGAACAGGGCAUCUUCAUCAUCAUCACCGAUCCCCUCCGUGUAUUUGUUGUAAGAUUAGAGGAGAGAAGAAGGGUCUUUUUUACUCCCUGUCUUCCUUCCUUCCUUCCUUCCUUCUACAGGUGUCUAGUAGGUAGGGAAGUAGGGAGGAAACUAGAAGCCGAGGAGUAGAAGUAGGUGUACGAAUGCGUUAAAAAUUAAUUACGCGUAAAAAUUC